AUGGCCCCAACAAAUCCUGUCGUUAGAUGUUGUUGCAGUGCUGUAAAAUGGGGUCCUGUUAUUUUUAUCACAGCUGUAGUGUGUUGGUCGUACUAUGCAUAUGUGAUCCAGAUGUGUAUCUUGACGAUACCUAACACAAAUAUAGCAGAAAAAGUGAUAUACCUGAUACUGUAUCAUCCACUCCUAUUCAUGUUUGCAUGGUCAUAUUGGCAAACAAUAUUCGCUCAACUUGGGAAAGUGCCUAAGGAGUUUUACCUAGGCAAGGAAGAUGUGGAAAGGUUUGAAGCAGCAGGGAAUGAGGAAUUACAGCGUGAAAUCCUGGCUCAUAUAGCUAGGAAUCUACCUGUGCAGACCAGAACAGCUUCAGGCGCUAUCAGAUAUUGUGAAAAAUGUAAAGCUAUUAAACCGGAUAGAUGUCACCAUUGUUCCAUGUGCUCGACGUGUGUAUUGAAAAUGGAUCACCAUUGCCCUUGGGUGAAUAACUGCGUGGGAUUCACAAAUUAUAAAUUCUUUGUGCAGUUUUUGGGCUAUGCCCUGAUAUACUGUUUUUAUGUAGCGGCCACGUCAUUGCAGUAUUUUAUCAAAUUUUGGACGGGUGGAGCCGGCGAUGGUUUGGGAAAGUUCCACAUCUUGUUCCUAUUCUUUGUGUCCAUCAUGUUUGGACUAAGCCUUAUCUCCCUGUUCAGUUAUCACCUGUACCUGGUGAUGCACAACAGGUCCACACUGGAGUCAUUUCGCUCUCCUGUCUUCCGAUCAGGACCAGAUAAGGAUGGCUUUGGUCUCGGCAAAAAGGCCAACUUCAUAGAAAUAUUUGGAGAUUCCAAAAAGGGAUGGUUUCUUCCAAUCUUUUCAAGUUUCGGCGACGGUGUGUCAUUUCCAACAAGAUCAGGGCCCGUGAACUCGUAUCAGACCAUGGGCAGCACUACCCCCAAAGUUACCCCAUCGGCUAACGCGCCAGCCACUGAAUCCACUGUCAGUAUGGGCGAUGGGGUGACGUAUCCAACCCGUAAUGUGGACCUGGACUCUGACUGUCUGUUAGCAGAGCGACAGAGGUGGAUGGAGGAAGGGGAGGUGGAUCAGCCCAAUGGCAGUACAGGCCCACUGGAGAGCAGCUAUGACAACAAGGUGGCGAUAAACAUGGCUUGAUAAUGGACCUGUGAGUCCUGUACAGUCCUGGAAAGUUCUCACAUCUCAGAUGUACAUAACUACACACCUCCCGCCCACCCACCACACAUGGGCCACAGCAAACUGGCUCAGAGUAUACAGGAUACUCAACAGUGACACUUUGAGUUAUGCUUUUCUCUAAAAUUGAGUCUGUUGAUUGAUUCAAAAUGUGUGGUGUUUGGAUUUACAUGAUAUCAUUAUCAAUCUGAAUUCGUCAUAACCAUCUCUGCAGAGUUCAGGCUAAGUGCUGUUGGCUUUUUCAUGUAUAAGGACUUUUUUGAACGUUAUCAGCAUGUUCAAAAAGAUAUACAGUGUAUUAUGUAAUCAUUUAUGUAUGAUUUGUGAAUUUUUAAAAAUUUUUUUAUUUUAUUGAAGCUGUUCUCAUUUGUUUUCUCCUCUUUUAAUUUAGAAAGUUUUUCUCAUUUUUCUACUUCGUGAUCAAAGAGGUUACUGUGGGCUACUGAAAUAUGUGUGGAUAGUUCUACAGAUACCAUGUACAUCUAUAUCUGGCUAAAAAGAAACAGGUCAUAAAUUGUUUUUGACACCAUUCUCUCAUCUUUUACUAAUGACAUGAAUAAUGUGUUUUCCUGAGAUGACCUCUGAUGGUGUAAAUGAUUUCUAAAGAUUAACAAAGCAUUUAGUUGCUUGAGUAAAUACUAUGGCUCCUGUUAGGCCAGGAGAUUUGAUUGCUGUAAUGUUUUCUGUAAAAUUGAUGAUGAUGUAGAAAAUGUGAUUAUUGUGUAGAUUUUUGGGUUUAAAACAAUCUGAUUGUUGUGUAGGAUUUUGUGUCCAAAACUAAUUAUUGAGUAGAAAAUUUUGUGAUUUGUGUUUCAUAUGUAGUUUUGUGAUGAACAUGCAUAAAUUAGUUCCAAUAUAAUGUGUGGUGACAUACUUUUUAUGUCCAUGACUCUGUCACAUCAGCUCCAACCUCCAUGCUGUUACCAAAACAUGUUUAUAUCUGCAGUAUAGAUGCACAGGCAUGUAAAUAUUUGUACAGACUAUUUUUGUGUGUGCCAACCUCCACUGUAUAUAUUAUACAAGAAAAGCGGACCCAAGCCUAAAUAUUGAAGGUUUACACAAUGAUCUGUCAACACAUGGCCUACAUGUUUUCACAUGGCAGCAUUGUUGUUGUUUUAGUUGUAGGUGCACACUGUGUUAUGAUAUUAGGCAAUUCCAUGACCUGCAAACUUGUGUGUUGCUUUGCUGUAACAGUUCUAACACUGUCAUCAAAAGGUCAUUGUAUUGCGUACGUACUGAAUGCAUAUUUAGUGUACAGGCAACCAAUUUUUGAGACCAUAUUUAAGCAGCCCUUGUAUAAUAUCCUGGACUGUUUCCUGCAGUGCCCAUGGCCUGCUUUGAUACAUGAAAUCAUAGCAUAUUAGAGAUUCAACAGCUAAUUACGUAUGUGUACCCAUAGCCAUUUCGGAAA